GCUUUAGUUAAGUUAGAUCAGGUGUUGAGUUAAAGUUGUAUAUCGGAUGAGUGUGAAAAAAAUAGUUUAUUAAAAAAAAUAAUAAAAAUAAGAGAUAAACAAAAAAAAUUUAAUGAAAUAAACAUAAUAGUAAAAAGAGAAUAAAAAGUGGAAAAUAACGAAAUACAAAUAAAAAAUUAACAAGAAAAUUAAAAAUAAAAUUGCUUUAAUAAUUUAUUGUUAAAAAAUAUAUAUCAAAGUCUUCAACCAAUCCACAAUAAUAAACGUCUAUAAAAAUGAAGAGUUUUAUUUGUUUAACAAUUGCAGUAACUUUGUUGGCUGCUUCUGCCAUGGCCACAACUGUUAGAAAUUGUCCAAAAACCAAAGCCCGUCUUCUCGAACAAGGUGAUGUUACCAUUUCGAAUUGUCCCAAAAGUAAAUGUACCCUAAAACGCAAUACCGAAGUUAGUAUUGAAAUGAAAAUCAUUCCCAAUCGUGAUUUCAAAGAAUUAAAUUCCGAUAUACAAGGCAUUAUCCUAGAUGUUCCUCUACCGUUUCCCGGUUAUUAUGGCACCAGCGCUUGUCCCAAUAUCUAUGAUGCUGAGGGUAAACAACAAGUGGGUUGUCCCCUAAAAGCCGGUGAAACUUAUAUUUAUAAGAAUAGUUUUAAGAUUUUACCCAUUUAUCCUACGGUUAGUUUAGAUAUCCAUUGGGGUUUGGGUGAUAAGGAGGGUGAUGCUGCCUGUUUCCAAGUACCAGCUAAAAUUAAAGCUUAAGUAGUGGGGAGGAGGAUUUGUUUAUUUUUUAAUUUUUCUAUAGCAUUUUUAAUGUGAUAUUUAGAAAUAUAUUUGUUAUUUAAUGAAAUUUUUGCAUUGGAAUUUUUAAAACAGAACAAUUUUGGGAAUAAUGAUGAGCAUGUUUUUUUUCGUUUAUAAAAAUGUUGUUGUCAUAUUAAUGCCCUCCAGCCCGUGGGCAUUAAUAUUCAUAACAAUUAUUUUUGUUUUAUUAAAUAUUUCUAUUAUUAUUAUAUGUAUGUAUGUUUUUUUUUAUUAAUAAUAAAUUUAGUUUUAGUCUUAGUUUU